AUGGUCGAUCUACAUACGUGGGAGGCAGACGUCGUCGGAGGCGACGGCGGUGGGCGGAGCGAUGAUGAGAACGAUGCAAAUUCAAUCCCUCUUAUCUUCACUCCAGAUCAACUCGACUACACCCAAGAGCUCGAUCGCAAAUCGGCUUCUCUUUACCGUUCGAUCCAAGAUCUGCGGCUGAGAUUACCCCCACCCGACAUCCCCCAACGCCUCCUUCACAUCCACGCUCACUCGUUCGCUUCCAACAAUGCUCCUGCCCUCCAGCUCAACGCUCAUUCAGCUACCAAGGAACAUGAGAAGGUGGGGGAGGAGGGAGAAGAGGAAAAUGGGGUAUGGAGUUUUCGUGUUAAGGCUUGUUCUGGGCUUGAUUACCUUGAGCGGUGUAGAUUUUGGGAUUUUUUUGAUGGUUUCUUGGGCUUUGAGGGUCCGGUUGUCUCCGGAUAUGGUGAUGGCUUUGGGUCAGAUUUCGAGAGGGGGCACCAACUCGCCAAAGCCGGAGUGCUCGAAAGAGAGAUCGAAUCGGACGGCAAGCCGCACCAAAGGACCCUAGACGUGAACGACAGAACUCUCGGCAUAACCAUGGUCGGUACCUCCUCGAGGCUUGGGCUUGAAAUCUUGUUGCCGGCGGUCUCGUCCAUGGCCGGGGAUGGCUAG